AUGAGUGAUUCAGAUGAUGACCCACGUUUGAGAAUUCCAGAAAAAGUUAAGCGAUCGAGAAAUGAAGGUUCAGUCAAAUUCAGUCACAAAAAGCAAAAGUUUCGCAACGAGUGGAUACAAAAAAACGAAUUUAAAAAUUGGUUGAUCCCAGUACAAAAUGACAAUUACAAAGGUAAAUGUAAAUUAUGCAAUACUGAAAUGACAGCUGAAUUAACAGUAAUAAAAAAACAUAUGACAUCUAAAAAACACCAGCUUAUAAUAAGAUCAACUGAAAAAUGUGAAAAACCAUUACCUUGUUAUUUUAAUGACAAUUCAAAAAAAAAACUUAUUGAAGACACUAAGAAAGCCGAAAUAUUACUAAGCGGUUUCAUUUCUGAGCAUAAUUUGUCUUUUAACAUUAUGGAUCAUUUAACUGCCCUUUGCAAAGAAAUUUUCGUCGACUCUAAAAUUGCCUCCAAUUUAAGCAUGGGUCGUACUAAAACAGCUGCAAUAGUAAAAAAUGUCAUUGGAAAAUGUCAUCACGAAGAACUUACAGAAAAAUUGAAAACUUACAAAUUUAGUGUAAUCAUAGAUGAAAGUACAGAUAUUGGUACGAUAAAAAGUCUAUGCAUUUGUGUAAAAUACUUUGACUCAAAUUUAAAUAAACUUGAAACAAAAUUUUGGAAAUUAAUACAGCUAUUCAAAGACUCCGACAGUGCUAAUAUUGGUGCUACAGCGGAAACAAUAUUUAAUGAACUAACAGCAUCAUUUGUUGUUGACAAUGUACCACUUGAGAAUAUUACAGGAUUUGCUGCAGAUGGCUGUAGUUCUAUGAUGGGACAAUGGAACUCUGUUUCAAGUAGAUUCAAAGAGUUGUACCCAGGAAUAUUUAUCCAAAAGUGCAUAUGCCACAGCUUACACUUGUGCGCUAGUUCUGCCUGUAAAGCACUACCGAGGCAAUGUGAAGACCUCUGUCGUGAUAUCUACAACUACUUCAAGUCUAGCUGCAAACGAGUGUCUCAAUUUCGAGAGUUUCAAGAAUUUUGUGAAUUUGAACCACAUAAGAUACUUAAACCAUCACAAACACGGUGGUUGUCAUUGGCAAUGGUAGUCAAUAGGAUACUGGAACAAUGGCAAGCGUUAAAACUUUUUUUUACCUCUCAUUGGCUAAAUGAUAGAUUAAAGGCAGCUGAACAUAUUUAUAAAGCUUUACACGAUCCAUCUAUGUUAAUAUACUACACAUUUUUAAAUUAUUUUCUUCCGAAAUUCACAAUUCUAAAUAAGAUUUUUCAAAGUGAUAAGCCUGUUUUAGAUACACUUCAUGGUAGAAUAUCAGACUUAUAUAAAGAAUUACUAUAUUCAUAUUAUAGACAAGUGCUUGAUCCCUUUGAUGUAGAUCCCAACAAUACUUCUUUUUUCAAGCCAUUGCAAGAUAUUUAUUUAGGCGCCGGUGUAUAUAUUUUAUUACAGAAGCCAGAGAUUUCUACCAAUAAUGAUAUGGUUUUGGACACGUUGAAUCGCUGUAGAUCGUUUAUAAUAACCGCAUGUGUUGAAAUAAAAAAAAGAUAUAAUUUCAAUGACAUCAUUUUAAAAUCUUUGCCACAGAUUUCGCCAAAAAAUAUAUUGGGAAAUGUUCAUGAAAAUUCUUUAUUGCCCUUCAUUACUUUAUUUCCAAGAAUUGUAAAUGAAACCAAUCAGAUACAACUCAUUGAUGAUGAAUGGAGGAAACUCAUUAGCUACACAUUUGAAUCAAAUAUUUUGGACAUUAUUAAAACUAAAGAUGUGGAUAAUUUUUGGAUUUACUUGAAAUCACAUGAACAAUUAUUUACUAAUUUAUCUGAAUUUAUUUUAACUAUAUUAUCUUUACCACAGUCUAAUUGUGCCUGUGAGCGUUUAUUUUCCAAAGUUAAUUUGAUCAAAAAAAAACUACGCAACAAGUUAAUGACUGAUACCUUAAAUGGGAUUAUUAAUUCUAGCGAGUGUAUAAAACCAUAUUCAUGUUAUAAGUUUAAACCAUCCAAAGAAAUGCUCAACUCAAUGACAUCAAAUAUGUACGAUUUUAUAAAUAAUACCAUUGAUGAUGAUGACAUAACUUUUGAGACUGAAUAG